UAUCUACAGGCUAACCCUGAUAUAUCUCUAACGAUUCUCGAAUCAGAAUCUACAGUAGGCGGUGUGUGGUCCAAGGCAAGAUGCUAUCCGGGAUUCAUAGCGGAUGGCCCCGUCGGGCUAUUUGACUUCAGCGACUUGCCAAUGCCCGGCGUAAUUGGACUCAAAGAUUGGGAUGAACUGCCUGGCAUAAAAGUUCAUCAGUAUCUGCAUGAAUAUGCUCGAAAAUUCCAUAUCCUGGAGCGAUGCAAAUUUGGUUACCGAGUCACAAAUGUUCGCCGAGCAGCGUCCGAGAAGGGAUGGAUGGUUGAUGCACAAAACACUGGCAAUGAUGGAAAGCAGAUUUUGGAGACGUUCGAUUGCGAUAAGCUAAUUGUAGCCACGGGUAAUUUUUCGAAUCCUAAGUAUCCCGAUUUGGAGAUGGCUGAGUUCAAGGGUCUGGUCAUACACACCAAGUAUAUUGGGCAGCAGUACGAGGCUCUUCUUGGAUCAGAUGUUGACAGUGUUGCCAUUUAUGGGGGCGGAAAGUCAGCUAUUGAUGCUGUGAACCUCUGUAUCGAAGCUGGCAAGAAAGUACAUUGGAUCAUCAGCGAUAAAGGCAGCGGCCCCAACAUGUUGUUCAACACUCGACUGAAAUGGGGCUAUCACGUUGGCCAAUUUGUUGGAAGAUGGAAGGACGUGUUUUCUAUCAGCAUUUUCAGCAUGGACACCUUCUUUUCAAAGUUCUUCUAUAGCGGCAAGAGCAAGUUGGGGACGUGGCUCAUUGAUAAGUUUUGGUCAUUCGCGACGAAAAAGACACGGACAGGAGCACUGUAUGCAGGCAUGACGGACGAAAACAGGCGGAAGCUGCUGCCUGAAGCUGAUAGUGCUUUGUUUUCAGCGGCUGGAGGUGCCGCUUUGCACAGCUGUCCCAAGUUCAUGUCGGAGUUGAGCAAACCAGACGGUCUCAUCACGGUUCAUAGAGCCCGUAUUGCAUCCGCUCAAGACCAGACUCUUUGCCUUUCUAAUGGCGAAACCAUCUGCUGCCAGGCGCUGGUGUUUGGUACGGGGUGGACGAGUGAAGAUGCUCUCUUCGAUCCUGCACUCGGACUUAAUUUGGGUUUGCCCAAGCCUGUGGUGCUGGAAGAUGAGGCCUCGAAAGACCACUGGCAAAAGCUCCACUCGAGAGCUGACGCUGACUUAUUGUCGCUUUUUCCAAUUCUCAAAGAUUCCCCUGGACGCAGGAACGCAGACGCCUUAACGCCAUACCGUCUAUAUCGAUACAUGCUUCCUUCAUCUUUAGCUGCAACAAAUGAUCGCUCUCUCGUCUUUCUGGGAUAUUUGAUCAGUAUCCAGACCCAUAUUCUUAGCGAAGUCUCUGCUUUAUGGGCAAUCUGCUGGCUUGAGAACAUCAUCGAGCUGGGUGUCCCGAAAACCAAGGAAGAGAUAGACUAUGAGAUUGCAAAAGUUAAUGCAUUCACCCUUCGGAAAAACCUCUCCCAGGAACCAACGGCUGGUUCCGGAAUUCAGCAUUUCGUUGAUUUAUUAAUGAAGGAUAUGGGAUUAAAGGCAAAACGGAAGGGUGGUUUAGGAAUCAAAGACACGUUCGUCCCUUACCGAUCUCAGGACUAUUUGGGUAUUGUGGAUGAGGUCCUGCAAAGAUCCAAGGCACAAGUUCAAGUUUCU